GAUGGGGUUGAAGUUGAAAUGGUUUCGACGAAGGAUUACCUUCGAUGGGAUGCCUCCAGCACCGGAACGGGAUAUUCGCCGGAAAGAGGCAACGGCAGGAACUGUCAUCGGUGUCUAUCGACAGAGCGCACACUUCGAGGAUUACAUUGAACCCGUGCGUUCGUCUUACUGGGAGCCUCCACCACAAGCAAUCGCUCGCACUACAAUUCGCUCAAACGGCAACCUACCAACCACGUCUACAAACAGUCCUUCCUCUAACUCCUACUCCUCCGCGUCUUCCUCCACGCUAAGGGCCCGAGUGUCAGCACAACGUGCCACACGGUCAACGGCGCCCGUCGUACCUACCGGCAUCUCUUCCGUUAGCAGACCCGUUUCCAUGAGCAAUGUCGUCAUUGAAGCCGAUAGCCUUGAUAAGAUAGUACGUCCUCCAGUCGAACGAUUGCAGCUUAAUGCCGCUGACUACGACACACCACCCGAGCCGAACUAUGCUGCACCGAAACCACCCGCCAGAAAGGGGGUUUCCAAGGCGAAAUCUUUAGGGAACUUAGCGAACGAGGAAGUUACGAACAAUGCGAGCAAACAUUUCGGUGAAGAGCUCCACGAACUACGAUCACCCCAAUCGGUGGAAGUUUUAAGUGAUCCUGCUCCACGAGUUGCUGCAACGGCAUCUUCGCCUCCAUCAUCGCCUAUUCAUGUAGUGCCGAUUGCACCGAUUCCAAGAACGAUCUCUAGUAACUCUUUGCCCCUACGCGAAACUGCUCCAAGUCCUGUCAAACGGGAAGUUAGCACCGAACCGGAUUACAUCGUUCCACUAGCGGCCGAAGAGCAGCAGAUAGACGAACCGAUCUAUGAUUCUUUCGAUGCUAUCUUCGAACGUGUGAAGAUGCGCAAACCUGUUAGUCCUGGCUCAGAGCUUGAUAACAUUUCGACGCGACCUGAGACAUCAUCACCUCAACUACCCCACCGAGAGCCAGUUAUAUUGAAGACGACUGAAGAUGAUACGAUAUUCGAGAGGGUGAACAUUUCCAGCUCUCCUGCUCCUGAUUCACAACCAUCUACUAGAACCCGUACGCCUUCUCCGUCACCUUUACCUUCACCUUCUCCAUCACCUUCCCCUUCACCGUCACCAUUACCAUCGCCUUUACCAAAGCAGAAACCAAUGCUAAAAGUAAUAAGCAUAUCAAAUCUACCAACAUCUCCUCCCCAACCGAAAUCAAUCCUUAAAAAACGUGCUCCACCACCGCCACAAACACCUGUGGAGGCCACAUCGAGUAUGGUCGAAUUCCCGAACGAAAUGGUUUCGACAAUACCUACACCUCCACCAAGGUCCAUACGAGCUACCACCGGACAAGAUACUCCCGUUACACCUUCAGAGCGUAAGAUAGUGGAAUUCCCCAUAACAGACAACCAACGACCUCCUAUUACAGUGUCGAACGGGAAAGAUUCCGAUUCCGAUACGGAUGAUGAUUUCAACUGGGACUUUGUUCAAAAGCAUCGUUCCAGUAUUAAUCAAACAGUAGCCGCACAAACGCGAAUCGAUCCGGAAGUACUACGCAAUGCUCCGGCUUCACUGCGAACACAAGCAGUAGAACCUCCACGCAACCUUCCCGAACCAAUUGCCCAACCAAGGACACUUCGUGGCAUGCGAAAUCAACGAGCGCAUGGACAGUUGGAAAACAUUGGCUGGAAUGAUCCACCGGCUCAAAUUCCACCACCAAGAGCACGUGCCAGUGACUCAAACGCGUCGGAAACGUCUGCCUAG